AACGGUCCCGCUGGUGGUACUGCCCCCCCCUACCCCCCCCCAUUCCCGGCUGGCGGCUGCGGGAGCAGCGGGAAGAGGAGGAGGAGGAGGAGGUGGAGAGGGAGAGCUGCUCUACCGGCACAGGGGCCGCCGCCGCCCGAGCAGCCGCAGAGUCCCCGGUCUUCCACCAUGAAUCCUGUUUACAGCCCCGUCCAACCUGGGGCUCCCUACGGAAACCCGAAGAACAUGGCCUAUACAGGUUACCCCACAGGCUAUCCCACCGCUGCCCCAGCCUACAAUCCCAACAUGUAUCCAACCAGCAGCCCCGGCUACGCCCCAGCCACACUCCUGAUGAAGCAGGCCUGGCCCCAGACCUCCUCGUCCUGUGCCACUGAGGGCACCUUCCACCUCCCGGUGGACACCGGCACCGAGAACAGAACCUACCAGGCUUCUUCUGCAGCAUUCAGUAAAGGAACCUUUCCUCCUGGGGUUUUUCUUGGGUACACCGCGGGCACCCCCUACAAGGUGCCACCGACCCAGAGUAACAACGCCCCUCCGCCCUACUCGCCGUCCCCGAACCCGUACCAGACCGCGAUGUACCCCAUCAGAAGUGCCUACCCACAGCAGAACCUGUACACCCAGGGAGCUUAUUACACCCAGCCCGUGUACACGGCCCAGCCUCACGUCAUCCACCACACCACGGUGGUGCAGCCCAACAGCAUCCCCUCGGCCAUUUACCCGGCCCCGGUGGCCGCGCCCCGCACCAACGGCGUGGCCAUGGGCAUGGUCGCUGGCACCACCAUGGCAAUGUCAGCAGGAACCUUGUUGACCACCCCCCAGCACACCGCCAUCGGAGCACAUCCAGUGUCCGUGCCAACGUACAGGGCUCAAGGAACCCCCACCUACAGCUACGUACCUCCACACUGGUAAACCACUGGCCAAUCCAUAUCCGGAGUCAAACAUUGUAUGCAACUACACAAGUCUUACAUCGGCGCUGUGGCUGUCGGGCUGCAGCGCCUCGUCUGUUUGCAAGAACAAAAGAAAAAAAAAAAGAAAAAAAAAAGUGCAAGGGUCACUUUAUGCAUUCUUUAGUGGUUUUUGUAAAAGCUGCUUUUUCUAAUCUUCUGCCUCUUUUUUUCCCCCUUCCUCCCCCUUCCUCCUCCUCCCACAUGAAUUGUGUAACACACAUACUGACACUGAGCAAUAGUUGAGUUCUCUCUUCGGUCCUAUCAUUCGAAAAGCUCAGAAUCUUCACUUUUCCAGCAUUGCCCAGCUGAGUGGUGCAAAGAUCCCCCCACUUCUUGUUCGUUUGGGUUCUUUUUGUUAUUUUUCUGUUGUCGUUGUUGUUGACAAGAGCCUAGAUUUUUUUUGGCUAGUAAGAGUGGUUGAUGUUCAGGGUACUAUGUGAAAAGCACAGCGCUGGUAGGCAGGCUUAUUCCGAUUUGGUUUGGGUAUUUUUAGUUGAAAAAUAUAAAUUAUUCAAUCUUCCAUAACAUAUUACAAGAAAAAUUGGUGUCUUCCAGAUAGCUGUCGUGAUAGAUUAUAAAUGCAUUAUCUGCAGUGGAAUUCUGAACUCAUCCCUUCUUUUUGUAGGAGUAAGAGAAUAUAAAUAUAAUUAGCGACGUAACACACUUGUCUUAGGAAGCACGAGGACUGGUCACCGGCGGGUCUUUGGUCUGCUUUUUCCAACUGGGCAAAUGGAUCUCGGUGGGUGUUGGGAAGGGGGCAGCUGGGGAUGGGAAGGCUGGGAAGUGCCCUGGGAGCGUCUCGGGACAACGGGCGCUCCCCCUCAGCCACRGCCGGGGCAGUGUGGGGGCCAAGGCGGCUUCUGCCUUGUGUGGCUGCUGCUUGCGGGCAGAGAUUGCUGGGCAGCUGCUGAGGGAAGCAGGGACAUGUCCAGAGGGUGGGCUGCAGAGCUCCUCCAGCUUCAGGGUUUGGGCUGCAGAGCUCCUCCAGCUUCGGGAUUUGGGCUACAAGCUCCUCUGGGUUCAGGGUUUGGGCUGAAGAGCUCCUCCAGGUUCAGGAUUUGAUCUGCAGAGCUCCUUCAAGUUAGGGAUUUGGUCUGAGGAACUCCUCCAGGUUUGGGGUUUGGUUUGAAGAGCUCCUCCAGCUUCAGCAUUUGGUCUGAAGAGCUCCUCCAACUUCAGGGUUUUAUCCGCAGAGCUCCUCCAGGUUCWGGGUUUGGUUUGAAGAACUUCUCCAGAUUCAGGGUUUGGUCUGAAGAACUUCUCCAGAGUAUGGUGGUGGAAAACAGGGUGGUCUGGUUGAUGGAGAUGAGUCUUCAAGCAGGGUGAGGGGAAGAUGGGUGGCUGCACCUUGCCUCCGUGGUGUUGGCAGGGCUGAGACCAAACCGCGCUGCCUCCGAGACAGUCGAGGCGUCCCCCUCCCGUUUUUGGGUUGCAGCUGCAAGGCUUCCAGCAGAAAUGUUCAUCCAAGCACAAAUACCAGCACCACGGGAGAGGCUGGGGAGGGGGACAAUGUCCGGCUGCCCUGCCUGGGGAAGGGGAGAGGAGGACGCAAUAGCAAUAAACACAUCGCCUUCUUCAUGGGAAGGCGCCUGAGAAGAGGUGACAGCAGGGAAGGUGACCCACAGGUGACAAAGAGCAGGAUGGAGGACACCGGGCACACAGAGGCUGUGGGCACCAGGGUCAUUGUGGGGGUUUGGCUUACCCAGGGACACGGGGACAGGGAGCCGGUGUCAUCCCUCCUGGGGGUGUCCAAGUAGAGCAAUAAGUUGUCUUGACGGCAGCAGAGGGAGUUUGGAUUUGCAGACAAUGCUUGUGGCCAGUUUGUUUUUAAAUCCUUGUCACUAAACCUGGCAUAGAAACAAGGUUUUCUGGAUUUUAUUGAGUUUUUUUUAAGACGAAAGCUUGGUUGGGUUUUGAUUUUUGCCUCAAGUGUGCCAAAAAUGUUCCGUGCUCUSGGUGGUGUCUCCCAGCUUGGCUUCUGCUGCCACUGGGAGGCUCCCGGAGCUCCUUCCCUUGAGCAGGGGCCAGAUGGGGAGGAACAAUCCUGGGGAUGCCAGGAGGACUCUCUGUCCCCCUGGUCAGUCCCUGGUGGUUUGUCAUGGCAGGUGUUGGCAUUGGCACUUCUGUUUGGGGGUCAUUUGGUUGGUUCUGACACCUUUAAAGGAAAUGUAGAGCAAGGCUCUGGUUCACCUCUUCAAGCUCAAGGGGAACAAAUCGGGGCAAGACUGGGCGCCAGGGCUGUGGGGUGGGUAAGGGGGGACCCUUGGAUUCAUUUUGGGUUUGUACAGAGAGAAAGGAGAAAGGAAAAAGAGAGAAAGAGCCAAUAAUCAGCAGGUUCCCCAUCUGGCUUGGCAAAGCCAAAGAUUAGUUAAGGGCAGCAGGACCUUGGGAAAUAAYGCCACUGCAUUGUCCUCCCUCUGUUUGUAGGACGUUGCAGUYACACUCGGGCCAGAAAGUCCCCAGCAGAUCCCAGGAACUGAAGACUCCUGAGAUCCCUUUUCCCUCUCACGUUGUUUUUGUGUUAUGUACCAGGAGUUGUCCAUCAGCGUUGGGUCAGGUCCCCCAGCGUGACACUCUCUGGUUUGCGGGGUCCCACGAGCUUUGGGAUCGCAGCCUGGGCUCUGCAAAGGUCCUUUCCCAGCAGACACCAUCCCACCACCGUCCUGGUCACCCUUCACCACUUUAGGAACCGCUGCUGAAAUUCCCAUGUGUGGAAAGGAGACGUUGGGCUUUCCCCUGGAAGAGAAAAAGCAUUAAAUGUGGGGGAGAAAGCCCCAGGAGCUGAGCGUGGGGGAUCACCCAGUGUUCCCACAAAUGACGCCUGGCAUGGGGCAGCUGGGUUUGGAUUCCUUUGCUUGGAUCAGGACCAAAUCCAGGRUUCCCCAUGCCAUUAUUCCGAGGCAGAAACACUCCUUAACCAAGGUGUGGGGAGGUGAAAUAUUCACCAUCUGUUGGGCCAGAGGCUUUAGGGACCACGUUUGGUAGCCAACCCUGGGCCACUGUGUGGAACUAGGGCCACCACAGGGUGCCAGGCUUGGGGGGGCUCYUUCCCAAGGUGGCUUCAUGGGGCUGCAGUGCUGGGGAGGUGCUCCCUGCCCUUUCCAAGUCCUUUUUCCUUAUCCCAAGUCCUUCCCUUGGUCAGGUCAUGGCUUAAGUGGGAGUCCUGGGACAGUCACAGUGGGGGACACUGAUGGGGGCAACCAGCUUCUYAAAUAUUUCAUUCCAGGGUGAAGGAUCACACCAGACGUUGGUGGGGAAGAGCAGGAGGGGUUAAACCAUCCUUAGUAGCCACUGAAGGGUCUGAGAUUAAAAUUCCAGCUAAAAAGGAAGGAAAAUACUGUGAACCAUUAACCCAUCCCUGCCCUUAGCUUUGCUUUAAAACACAAGCUGCCCUGGGAGAUUGGGGGGAAAAGAGGAUUUUAGGGGUGGAGGUGACCCCCAAACCCUGGGAGCCCCUCGGCACCCGAAGCCACCACGCUCCAAGUGGCUGAGCCCUCCCAGCCAGGAUUUGCUCCUGUAUUUUAUGAGUAAUAAAUAACUCAGUUCAGCACUGUUGCAGUUUGGGGGUACAGUGCCCUGCAGGUGUUAUUUGAGGGGUUUGUUUGAGUGAGGGAUGUUCAGAGUGCCAGGGUUUCCUGCAGCCACCRGCAUCCCGCUGAAUCCUGGUCCUUCCCAGGCCUUCCCCCACUCUUUGCCAUCCCCUCCCUCUCAUCCUGCAUCCCUGCAUCCCAUGGGAUGAUGUGGUUCCCAGCUGGAAGGUGUGAAAUAGGAUCCUGCUUUUUUAGGGGGGUGAAAAACAGCAUUUGAGGCUUUAUUUUUGGUAAAAUCCAAUCAGCCAAUGAUAGCAAUAAGAGCUGCUGGAUUCCCCUAAAUCCAGGUAUUUUUGGUUUGGACUUUUUUUUUUUUUUUUUUUU